AUGGAAGCUGAAUUUACGUCGGCAUUGCAGGCCGGACAAGAAAUAGGAGGCCUACGUGAGCUGUUAUCCGAGUUGGAUUUUUUCGUGAACUUACUUAUGACAAUGGAAAUGGAUAAUCAAGCGGCCAUUCAUAAGAUGGAAAAUGAAGAGAGCUCGGCACGCGCCAAGCAUAUUGAUAUUAAGCUCAAGUUCAUCAAGGACUAUACUAAGAAGGGGAUUAUAAAUCCCAGCUUCGUGUCAACUGAGGCGAUGACUACAGACAUACUGACGAAGGCAUUCAGCGCCACUCGCCUAAGGGUACUUAAGGAGAUGUGCUCAUUGUACCGUUGCAAGAUGGAAUAA